AUGGGGUUCCUCGGGGUUUACACGGCUGUGUAUGAUUACCAGCCUCAGGGAGAGGGCGAACUGGAAAUCAAAGAGGGUGAUCUUCUCUAUGUUCUGGACAAGAACAGUGAUGAUGAUUGGUGGAAGGCCAAGAAGAAGGCUGAACGGGACGAUGAGGAUGAACCGGAAGGUCUAGUCCCGAACAACUAUGUUGAAGAGGCGCAACCAGUACACCAGGCCAAGGCUCUUUUCGACUACACACGGCAAACGGACGAGGAGGUUUCAUUCUCGGAAGACUCCGAGAUCCUGGUCUACGAUACGUCAGAUCCGGAUUGGACUUUGGUUGGAGUCGGCGCGGAGUAUGGAUUUGCGCCGGCCAACUACAUCGAAAUCGUGGGAGAUGCUACUCCAACCGCUGGUACAACCGCCGUGCCUCCCUCUCCACCAUCCGCCGCCGAGCCCGCACCGCCGUCUCUUCCUACACGGCCAACGCAGCCUGCCCCCGAAGAAUAUGAAGAGACCCCGUCUCCGUCUCCCAUAGACACCCUGCAGAAUCCCGCGGCGGCCGCGAUUGCGAAUAUCAUCCAUCAGCAGCAUGCGCCUCCCAGCGCGCAACCCGAGCCCACACGAGAUGAGCCGUCACCACCCCGGUUGCCAACUCGGCCUUCGCAUGAGCAGGAAGAGGUUCGUGAAGAAUCCCCGCCACCUGCUCUUCCGCGCCGGCCUCCAUCGGAACAGUUUACCCCGCCAAUGCCCCAAUACGAUCCCGACCCGUCUCCACCUCCGCCUCGUCCUUCGCAGCCCGCUCCUCCUAUGGGUGGAAAUAGCCGGCAUUAUGUCAAGGAAUCUCCUCCAUACAAUCGGGCCGGCGAGAUGACGCCCCGAUCGCCGUCUGGCUACCAUAUCUACAACAUCAACGAGAUGGUCGAAGUCAUGGGCAAGCGGAAGAAGAUGCCGACGACGUUGGGUAUUAACAUGGUCACGGGAAUCAUCUUUAUUUCCCCCGAGGGCGACGAUCGUCAACAGGAAUGGACCGCGGAGAAGCUCACCCACUACUCAAUUGAGGGUAAGCACGUCUUUGUCGACUUGGUCCGACCUAGCAAGAGCAUCGAUUUCCACGCAGGAGCCAAAGAUACCGCUCAAGAGAUUGUCGCUGCUCUGGGUGAGAUUGCUGGAGCUUACCGAGCCGAAGGACUUCGAGAAGUGAUCGCAGCUGGUGAAGGCGGUGGUGCUCAAAAGAAGGGUCAGAUUUUGUAUGAUUUCAUGGCGCAAGGAGAUGAUGAAGUUACGGUAGCCGUGGGCGACGAAGUUGCAAUCAUUGAUGACACCAAGGCUGAAGAAUGGUGGAUGGUCCGACGCUUGAAGAACGGAAAAGAGGGUGUCGUUCCCAGCAGUUACGUUGAGAUUACCGGAUUUAUGCCUCUCAUACCCACCCCGGUGGUUGAUACUGGUAUUUCGAGCGUCGAGCGAAACCGCUUGGAGGAAGCUCGUCUUGCCAAAGCCGCAAUUGGAAAGACCAGGACCGAUUCAAUGGAUUCUAGCGAGCGCAAACGUGAUAGCAAGCGCGACAGUAAAUCGGCCAAGUCAAAGCCGGAUCCUAGCAAGGUGAGGAAGUGGACAGAUCGGAGCAAGGCUUUCACUGUGGAGGCGCAGUAUAUCGGCCUUUUGGACGGCAAGAUUCAACUUCACAAGGUCAACGGUAUUAAGAUUGCAGUUCCUAUCGCAAAAAUGUCCGUCGAGGAUCUCGAGUACGUGGAGAAGGUUGCCGGUGUUUCACUCGAUGAAGACAAGCCACUGUCCAGCAUUCGAGCUCGGGGAACUUCUGACUCCAAACGAGGCUCUGCGGGUGCGUCCGUGCAGCGUCCCGAGUACGAUUGGUUCGACUUUUUCCUCAAGUCUGGCGUUGGGCCACACCAAUGCGAGCGCUAUGCGCAGAACUUUAUUAAGGACUCGAUGGAUGAGUCUGUCUUGCCAGAUAUCACCCCGGAGACACUGCGUACGCUAGGUUUGAAGGAGGGCGAUAUUCUCCGAGUUAUGCGCCACCUUGACACCACGCUUGGCCGUACUGGUGCCAAAUCUAAGCUUCGCAACGUGAGUUUCGGGGGCGAGGAGGUUAUUGGCAAUGGCGAAGAAGGUGGACUCUUUGCCGGACCUGGUGGUAUGCUGCGUAACAACACUCGCAAGGGGAGACCGGCACCGGCUGUUCAGGCGGGUGACGUUGUUGAUCCUAAGGCGUUUGAGCAAGCAGAUGAGUCCAAGCCCAAGGCUGAAGAGAGAGCCUCAACUCCCCCGGCUCCUGCAGCCCCCGAGAAGCCUGUUGCUCGUGGGUUCGAUGAUGAUGCAUGGGAGGUGAAGAAGCCCAAGGAGUCUGCAGCAGCAGCAGCUCUUCCAUCUGGUACAGCUUCGCCCCCACCUGCUCAACCUCCUAUCCAGAAGCAAGUCACUGGUGCAUUGGCAGACUUGUCCCUUCUUCAAGCCCCUCUGCAGCCGAAUGCUGCACAACCCACUCCCACACCGGCCGUCUCAACUAUCCCUGCGCUUCAGCCGCAGCAGACUGCUGUGCAGAGCCCACCAGUCCAGCCACAGCAGACAGGUGCCACUCCUAAUUUCUUUACCCAAAUCGCACAGAUCGGCCAGCAUCAGCAGCAACAGCAGGCCCAGGCAUUCAGCCCUCAACAAACUGGAUUCCAGGCGCAAGCCAGACAGCGUCCACAGGCUCCGCAGAACAUGGCCCAGAACUCGCUUCUCCCACCACCUCCGCAGCGUCCGCUGUCAGCACCACAGAACUUCAUGCAGCAGCAGAACUCCUUUGGUCCUCCUCCAUUGCAGCCUCAGUUGACAGGAGUUCCCCAGCCAGGUCCUGCUCUUCCAGGCCAGAGUUUGACCGAGCUGAACCAGCAACGUUUACAGCCUCAGAUCCAGAUGCAGCCGCAAGUCACUGGCUUCAUGGGCCAGAAUCAGUACCAGAACGGAAUGAUGAUCCCUCAGCCUACGGGCUUCACUCCGCAGUCACAAUUUGGCAUCCAGCAGCAACAACAGAACCAGCUGCCCUACACGAACGGCCAACCUGGCUUCCAGGGCAUGGCUCCACAAGCUACUGGCUUUGGUGGAUUCGCACCACCCCAGCAGCCGAUGCAAACUGGAAUCAACUCCAUGCUACCCCCCGCACUCCAGCCUCAGCAGACUGGUGCUAAUGGCUUCGGCACCAACGCAUACUCGAUCAAUAAUCCGCCCCCAGUCCCACCAAUUCCUCAGCAGCCAACAGCCACCCCUCUGUCGCCUCAGAAGACGGGACCGCCUCCAUCAAUUAGAUUCGGUGUCAAGCCAGAUGCACCCAAGAAGCUUGCCCCUCAGCCGACGGGAUUGCGGGCAAACCUUUCUCAAGCUACGCCCAACAACCCCUUCGGCUUCUAG